ACAGGGGAAGUUUAACAUCACUGCCGUGGCGCCGCAUGGAAACAGCGUUCCGUUGCUGAGGCUCACGUUUCUCCAUUUACACCAUGUCCUCCAAAAAGAAAGCCAAGUCCAAACCGGUGCGGAGUCAGGGCGCCUCACCCAGGGCUGGGCCGGACUGCUGGCCAUCGCCGGCGGACUCCCCCGGCGCCCCCAGUCCGGGGGCUGAGCUGGACAUUGCGGAGACCAAGCAGCAGCCGUGCCUUUCACUGACUGUCACUGACACCGUAGAGAAAGCUGAUGAGAAGGUACCUAAGGCUUGCCGAAAAUGUCUUGCUCAAAUGGGUCUUAACAGCAUAAAACUGGCAAAUAUCUGCAUUGGCCGACCGAUCCUCCUCACCAGUGCUGCUGGCAGCCAGGAGGUAUGCACAGCAUGGCCUGUUCAAAGUUUCCCAGGGGGUAAGAUAGGGUUGAAUAGAAUCACCCAGAAGAAUCUAAAGAUCAAAGUGAAUGAUGCCGUUACAGUUCAGCCACUGCUUGGUCCAGUACUACAGGCAGAAGAAUUACAAGUAGCUUUGAGAGAUGAAGAUGAAUCCUUCAACAGAGAAGAAUUAUCUGACUUCUUGGUGAGGAAUAUGGAUGGGAAGAUAGUAUUACCUGGCAACUUGCUGAACAUAACAUUUUACGGUCGAACUUUUCACUUGAUGGUGAUGAAGGUAAAAGGAGUGGAUGGUGUUGUCAUGGAAAUGUCAUUCAAUGCCGCAUCCAGUGAUACAAGUGUGAAUGAGGAAUCCUUGCUUGAUAAAUCAGUACAAGAGAACCAUGCAAUAGACUUGUCGACGCAGUUCAGCAAUUUAGCCAUUGAAGUUACUCGGGAUGGAGAUAGCAACUUUACUUCUGAUUCAUUUUCUCCUAUUAUGGCAGUUUCUCAAACUACAUCAAUUCCUACUUGUAACAGUACCAUGGACAGUGGAAAAUUACUGGAAGCAGGCAAUGGGAUAAUAUGCUCUACAAUGAGCAUUAGUGAAGAUGUUGAGAAGUCUGAAUCUAUUCAGGAAGGCGUAAACAAAUGUGACUCUCCAGUGGAGGACUUAAUUCUGAUGUCUAACAGUUGCUUGAAAAGCAACAGAGAUACUUUUUACUACAUUUCUUUCCUCACUCAAAUUAAGUUCUUGCAAGGAAAAAGCAAUGAUGAGCAAAGCAAGGAAGAAUGCAAAUCGAAAGUCACUUAUGACAUGAUUGGAGGACUGGCCAGUCAGCUGAAGAUGAUUAGAGAAAUUAUUGAAUUACCCUUGAAGCAACCACAGCUGUUCAUGUCCUAUGGAAUUACACCUCCACGAGGAAUUUUGCUGUUUGGUCCUCCUGGUACUGGGAAAACCAUGAUUGCUAGAGCUGUGGCUAAUGAAGUUGGAGCUCACAUCAUUGUUAUCAAUGGACCUGAAAUUAUAAGCAAGUACUAUGGAGAAAGUGAAGCAAAGCUGAGACAGAUCUUUGCAGAAGCCACUCAAUGUCAACCGUCACUCAUAUUUAUAGAUGAACUUGAUGCCAUAUGUCCAAAACGGGAAGGAGCUCAGCAUGAAGUUGAGAAGCGAGUCGUAGCAUCGCUACUUACUUUAAUGGAUGGUAUUGGCUCGGAGGGGAGUCAAGGACAGGUCCUGGUCCUUGGUGCCACAAAUCGACCUCAUGCCUUGGAUCCAGCGCUUCGGCGACCAGGACGGUUCGAUAAAGAAAUAGAGAUUGGUAUUCCAAAUGCUGCAGAUCGCCUCGAUAUCUUGAAGAAAUUUCUGAAGAAUAUUCCAAUUUCAUUGACUGAGAAGGAGCUGGUACACAUUGCAGAUGGUGCUCAUGGAUAUGUUGGUGCAGAUCUGGUAGCAGUUUGUAAGGAAGCAGGUCUGCAUGCUUUACGUCGAGCACUUGGAGAAUGUUGCAACCCUUCAGAUAGUAAGUUGGCCGGUUCAGUGAAGAUAACUUUUAAUGACUUCCUACAAGCAAUGAAUGAUGUCAGGCCUAGUGCCAUGAGAGAAGUGACUAUUGAUGUGCCAAAAGUGUCCUUGUCAGAUAUAGGAGGGAUGGAAAAUGUGAAACUGAAACUCAGACAGGCAGUUGAGUGGCCACUGAAACAUCCAGAAUCCUUUGCCAGAAUGGGAAUUCAGCCUCCUAAAGGAAUUCUCCUUUAUGGGCCUCCUGGAUGUUCCAAGACAAUGAUAGCAAAAGCUUUGGCUAAUGAGAGUGGACUGAAUUUCUUAGCAGUGAAGGGACCAGAACUAAUGAGUAAAUAUGUUGGAGAAUCUGAACGGGCUGUGAGAGAGAUCUUCAGGAAGGCUAGGGCUGUAGCACCUUCUAUCCUUUUCUUUGACGAAAUAGAUGCACUGGCUGUUGAGAGGGGAAGCUCUGCUGGUGCUGGGAAUGUGGGCGACAGGGUACUUGCACAGAUGCUUACCGAAAUGGAUGGUAUUGAACAGCUACAUAACGUGACAAUCUUGGCAGCAACUAACAGGCCAGAUAUGAUAGACAAGGCUUUGAUGCGUCCAGGACGGAUUGACCGUAUUAUAUACGUACCAUUGCCCGAUACAGCCACUCGAGCAGAGAUCUUCAAGCUGCAGUUUCGUUCCAUGCCAAUCAGUGAUAACAUAAGUUUGGAUUAUCUGGUGACCAGGACCCAGAAAUACUCUGGCGCUGAGAUCAUUGCCCUUUGCAGAGAAGCUGCUCUUUUGGCUCUUCAAGAAGAUCUUCAGGCCAAGAUAAUUACAGAAAAGCAUUUUGAGCAGUCAUUUAAAAUAGUCACCCCAAGGAUCCCUCAGAAACUUGUAGACUUUUAUGUUAAUUACCAGCAACAAAGUGGAUUGCAUUUGCUUUAAUAAGAUCUGAAUCACUCACUGAAGAUGUCAAACGCCUGAUGAAAAUUUAAAUAAAUUUACAUUCGCCAAAAUGUGGCAAAUUUUAUUCAUCCAUUGUUCAAAUUAAGUUUGUUUAAAUUGUAUUUGAUGCUGCUUGUUGUUUUUCUGAAUGUUAUUCUUGAAAAAGAUAAACUCACAGGAAUCUGAAAAUGCAACCUGUGACCUGCUGAAUGCCAGUAUUUGGACACGAACAUUCAGAUUAUUCCCCUGCCUUUUUGUGCUAGACUCUGCUUUUCUGAAAUGUCACCUGGCCUUGACAAUCUUGUACAUGUAUGACCCCAAGCUCAUUUGAUGGAAUGUUAAGUCAGCAACACAGCAUACCAUAUGCUGCUUCACUUCAUAAUUGGAACAUAUACUGGCUCUCCCCUCAUUGUAGUUACACAGAGAAAUCCAGAAUCCAUUUGUACCCUUCCUUCUGGCCUCUCACCCUCUUUACAUGAGAUCUUGUUCUUGACAGUACAUCACUAGUUUAAGUUUAAAAUUCUUCUCUGCACUCUUCGCUUGCCACCACAACCUCAAAAAUUGUUUCUUUUCAGCAUACUUCUUAUAUAACCACUCACUUUAAUCCUCUGUUGGAAGCUAUGCUUUCAGUGCCUAAGCCCCAAUAAUGGAAUUUUCUCUGUCUAUCUUUUGACCUCUUUCAAGAUCAUGAUUACACAUACAUCAUUGAUCAAGUUUUUGGCCACCUAUCCUAAUGAUUCCACCUUUGGCAUCCAUUAUUUUCUAAGUAUUGACAUAGCAGAUCAGCAGAUGUGACAGAUGAUUAAAGAUCCUUCUCCCUUUAAAGCUACAGCAGUACAUAGUUUGAUAUUGAGCUGUUCACUUUGGAAUGUCCCAUGUUCAAUCCGUUGCCUGGACAAAGUUAGGUGAUUUCAGCUGAAAUUGGCCUAACAGGGUAACGGCUAACAAGGGUGAAAAUCCUUCUGAUUAUUUUCUGUUGUGUACUUUUGUGUGUGCAGCAAUUGAUUGUGAUGUUCCCACAAAAUUAUUUUAAAUUUGUUUAUAACCUACUUAGAACAUAUAUGUACACUAUUUUCCCACCUUACUGUUCAGACUGAGAAGACAGUGCAUCUGGCUGUGGGUGACCCAACUCCUGGCCAUGACAGAAGAACCACCUCCCUUAUUCAGGCAACAUAAAUAAAGACUCCUAAUUAAAUACC